UAUAAAAUAUAAAUAAACAUAGAUCUUCGUGCAUAUAUAUAUGUUGGACUGCGGAGUUAUGAACCCGGAAAUGUAUGAAGAAACCAUGUCCGACGACAAUGAUCUUUUCCUCGUCGAACGCCUUCUGGGCAAUUCCGAUGUGUCGGAAAUGUUGUCGGCUAUGACGCAGCCUGGACCGGCAGGGGCUCAGGAUUGGCGGCGGUACGGAGGGGUGAGGCGGUGGCCGUGGGGGGAGUUCGCGGCGGAGAUUCGGGACCCGAGGAGGAAAGGCGGUGGCAGGGUGUGGCUGGGGACGUACGAGACGGCGGAGGACGCCGCGGUGGCUUAUGACCAAGCGGCUUUUCUCGAUUCUAUGGAGCAGCAUCUCCUCCACGGUUCCGACGUCGUAUCGGGACUACUAUUUCCGGUGCCUCCGUCUCCUCGCGAAAACCCUAGCUCAGGUGACGCGUGGGUGGAGAUAAUGUACCGAUCACCGCGCAGCAGCGCCGCCGGGAGGGCGAUCGCGAGGAGGUUGGGAAGAAGACGGCCGCGGGGCGAGAGGAGCGGCAGGCGGAAAGCUGGAAGCGCUACAGAGGCGUGCGGCGGAGGCCGUGGCCACGUUCGCGGCGGAGAUAAGGGAUCCGGCGAGAAAAGGCGCGAGGAUGUGGCUGGGGACCUACUGGCGGCCGGAGGAUGCGGCGGUGGCUUACGACCGCGCCGCCUUUAAGCUGCGCUGCUCAACUUCCCGCACCUGGUUGGCGCCAACAUGCCGGAGCCGGCUAGGGUUAAUCCGCGCCGGCGAUCGCUUUCAACGUCGGCCGGCAAUCCUGAAA